UUGACAUUCAAACUGUUGUGCAAGAAAUUUAUUCUGCUCGUGUUCAUCGGAUUACUGCACAGCAGUGCUGCAUACCCGCCGGAUACCGAUUCUCCAGAAAUACCUCACUACAUAGAAACUCACCUGCAGUCAACAUGGCGCCAGCGCAGGUGCAUAAUGACGACCUCGACAUCAACCAUUUACCAGGGAGAGUUCACCGUCACACCUACGACGACCGUCACAUCUACGAUCACUUCCACAAUACCCGUGAUUGUAACAUCAACCAGCACAGUUACGGACACAAUAACGCCUCCCGUUUUCACAAGCACCGGCACAAUCACUCCCACCGUUACGGUAACUCCGAUCCCGUCAACGGCGACCUCAACACUGACCGCAACGGUUACGACCACUUCAACGUCUACGCCUGCGUUGGUUCUUGAAACGAUAACAUCUUCCGUUACCGAAACGACAACGCUGUUUUCGACCACAACUUUAACCACAUAUCCGGCCACAAACACAGUGUACAUCACGUCGACUAUUCUGGCCACAGCAACUUCGACUGUCACGAUUCCGGCAGCCGCCUUUCUCCGUACUGCUGGAUUCGCGGACAAGCUGCGGAUCAAACCAACUAAAACCAAGCGCAACCCGGGUCAUACAAAAACUUCAAUUAUUGGGAGCUUUUUGAACUGA